GACCAUCCGCAUGUGCUUGUCCCCGGCGCGGGGACCGACCCGCGCUGCAGGGCCGCUGCUUGGAGCAUGAUGCCGGCCCUGUGGCCGGGGAUGCCAGAGAUCCCCCGCCACAGGGUGCAGGGAGGGGCUGGCAGCCGUUCCCUCCCCGCUGCACACCUGGGGCAGGCUCCAGCCACCUGCAUCAGCCUCACGCCCCCGCUGCACUCCUGCUCCCGCGGGUCAUCCUCGCGUCAGCCUGGAACCGAGGGCUGGCUGUGCAGCGUUUGCUGCUGGGGCACUCCCGUGGGAGGCGUUUUAGAGGGCAAAGUUCUUAAGUUAAAGGAUGCUGGAGACGCAAAAAAGCAUGUUUGCACAUCUUGGCCAUCGCCUUCGCCCUGGAGGUGUCGGUGGGGAAGGCCAACACGGUGACGGCUCUGAAUAACUCCAAUGUCCUGCUGCCCUGCACCUUCACCACCUGCAUAGGCUUCCAGGACCUGGUCUUCAAAUGAUCUACCACGGCAAGAUAAAGACCAAGGCCACGGAGCCCACCCUGGUCUGGCACAACCCGCGGGUGGAGUUCGUUGGCUCCACCACCAAGAAGGAGAACAACAUCUCCAUCGUGCUGAACGGCGUGGAGUUCAGCGAUGCUGGCAAGUACACCUGCCACGUCAAGAACCCCAAGGAGAGGAACGCCCAGCACAACGCCACCAUCUUCCUCUCCGUGGUCCAUAAGAUGGUGGAGACAGACAACACUGUGACUCUCAUCAUCGUGGGCGUGGUGGGGGGGCUCAUCGGCCUCCUCAUCCUCUUCAUGCUCAUCAAGAGGGUGGUGCUGUUCAUCAUCAAGAAGACGCAGGACGGGAAGAAGGAGUGUCUGGUGAGCUCGUCAGGGAACGACAACACCGAGAACGGCCUGGCCGGCUCCAAGGCGGAACAAAAAGCCCCACCAAAGGCAUGAACGAAGCAGCGGCGCCCCGCGCCCGCCUCGCCCCGCCGCGGGAGCCCCGGCACGGGACGAGCCUCCCCCUUUUGUUUUCUUUCCGAACUGCCAGCGCUUGAGACAUGUUUCUAUUACACACGUGCCUGCAACCUGCACUGCUUCUCCGACAAGGCUGCGGCUGCCGGGGGGACUGGGAGCUUCUCGCGGACUCGGACUGGGAGGCUGCUGGGGCGGAGGGAGCCGCCGGCUCCGCUCUGAGCACAGGCAAGAGGGUGCCGGGCAGGGCAGGGGCAGGGGCCGGGUGGGUGCCGUGCCCGGGGCCCGGUGCUGGGCACUGGGGAUCCGCUGGGUGCUGGCGGUGCUGAGCUGAGGUGGCUGGGAGCUGCUGCUGCAUCCAGGAGGUUUCUGGAGCAGGGCAAGGAUGCUCAGAGCUGGCCGUGCAGGUGGCGUGGCGCGGCAGGACGGCAGGAAGCAGGACUGUGAUAAGCACACUGGGGAACCAAAUCAGCCACAGGCCCUGGCUGUGCCUCGGUGCCUCCCACAGCAGGGCUGGGGAGGUGGCCGUGUCCCAGGGCCAUCCCUGGGGACAGGGGGGCUUCUCCCCAGGCAGCCAUCCGGGGAGAGCUCCCCGGCUUGGUGCUGCCCCCUCCCCUCUCUCUGGAGCUCGGCACUCGGAGCAGCGACGCUUUUGAUGCUGGUGCCAAGGCUGAGCUCGUUACGUGGAUGUUUUUGUGUGAGAUUCCAGGGGAAAGCAGCCAAUUGCCUUUCCCUUUCGCCAGGGCGGGGAGGGAGCACAGCCGAGCCCGGGCCAGGGGAGCCGGGCCAGGGCUGUGCCACUGGCCCACUGGGCAACCCUGGGCAAGUUGCUCUGCCUCUCCAUGCCUCAGUUUCCCCAUCUGUAAAAUGGGGACAAAAAUACUGCUCUACCUCACGGGGUGGGUGUGAGGUUUCCUUGGCUAUGAUGGUGAAGUGCUCUGGGGUGAGGGGUGAGUGGACUCACAGGAUGUGAGACACAAAGAGAGAGAGCUACAUCUGAGGUUGACCAUUUCCUUUAAAAAGUGAUUUUUUCCCUGUCUCUCCAAUUUGUGGGUGUCUGACAGUGACACUGCAGGACAGGCAGCUCCCCUGUCCCCACAGUAAAUUGGGAUUCACAGCUGAGCCAUGGCUUGCUGUGGGGGCUUGUGCUCUGGCAGAGGUGCUGGAGUGGGAGUAGGUGAGGAUUUGGUGGCCAAGGUGACAAGGAAAGGCUGGGUGCUACUUUCUCUGGAGAUGCUGGUUCACAGGGGGCUGGUCACCCCAGGCUGGGCCUCGGGGCAGCCACUGGAGCAGGACCGUGUGCUCGGGACAGGGGACAGGUACUGGCACCUGGCCCCAGGCAGGUCCCUUGGCUGUUGAUAAGACAGGCAAGUGGGAGUCAGGGUCCUGAUCUUCUCUCUGAGGGUCUGUGGCACCCUCAGAGAGGCCAAUCUGUGCUUCGGUGUCCCCACCUGUACGCUGGGGACAGUCUGAGCCACCUCUGAGGAGGGGUGGGGCGCCCUGCCCGGCUCUGCCACAGCCCGCGGUGGGAGGUGCCCUGUGCCAGGUGUUGUGACACGCCAGCGCCACCUGUGCGAGCCCGGGAGGAGCCCGAGACCUCCCAGUCACCCCGAGAGACCCCGGCCCGCCCUUGGAGGAGCCCUCCCGCGGGGGAGAACAGCGAGGCGAGGAAGGGAGUUUUUUAAAGACUAUUUUUAGCUGUCCUAACCUGUUGGCCUUUUAUAGCCGGCGCGUGGACGCAGCUCCACUCCCCGCCGGAUAUGCAAUGCUGCACUAUGCAUGGAUAUCUCCUCUGGCUCGGUGGGAAACGGCCACAAAAGCACUUUUGGGAAUGUAACCCCGUGUAACCCAAGCCACGGGUGCUCCGGGGGAGCGGGCUGCCCCGGGGGGUUGUGCCAGCACCAGCGGGGUCUCUGCUGUCACCGGGGCCCUGGGGGGGCUGCAGAGGCACCCCGGGGGUGUGUGCUGCCACAGACAGGUGUGUGUCCAAGCACAGGUAAAGCUGCGUGGGAGGAAGCUGCGGGUAAGCACAGGGGGGUGUGCGCCGGGCUGUGUGAUGACUUACAGCACAUCUUUGCACUGUAGAGGUUUAGUUAGCUUUGCCUUGAAUGAAAUAAAGUUUACGUUUACUAGAGAAA